AUGGCCGUAAAACUCGAGUGGACGAAAUUCAGCAACACUAUCAACGGCAAGCUGGUCGGCACGGCUGAGACCCGACAUGGAAUCAACCCGAACGACCAGCAAGCCUUGCCCGAGGUCCCCGUCUGCACCAGGGUCGAAGUCGAUCAAGCGGUAUCAGCCGGGAGACAGGCGCUCCCCUCGUGGAGGGCACUGUCUUGGGAAGAACGAGCCAAUUAUCUGCUCAGGCUCGGUGAUGCCAUUGAGGCCAACAGGGACGGCUUUGUCAAGAUGCUUCAACUCGAGGGCGGCAAGCCGGCCUCCACCGCCGGCAUGGAAGUCCAGAUGGUUCUCGACGCCCUGCGGGCUGUGGUCAAGCUUCGGCUCGAUGACGAGAUCCUCAUAGACGAUGAGAUCAAGUCGACUACGCUCCGUCAUAUGGCCAUCGGCGUGGGUGCCGGUUUGGUCCCGUGGAACUUCCCCAUGUAUCUAGGCAACGUCAAGACGGCGCAAGCGUUACUCACGGGCAACACUUUCAUCAUGAAGCCUUCACCUUUUACGCCCUACUGCAACCUCAAGGUUGGCGAACUCGGGAUCGAUAUCUUCCCGCCCGGCGUCUUCCAGGUCAUUUCUGGCGCGGACGACCUCGGCCAGAUGUUGACUGAGCACACGGGGAUCGAUAAGAUCAGCUUCACCGGCUCUACGUUCACUGGUACCAAGGUGAUGCACAGCUGCAGCAAGACGCUGAAACGGGUCACGCUCGAGCUUGGAGGCAACGACGCGACCAUCGUCUGCGAGGACGCCGACCUCGAGAAAGCCGUGCCCACCAUUGGUACCAUGGCCUUUCUCAAUGCGGGACAGGUCUGCAUGGCCAUCAAGAGAGUCUAUGUACACCACAGUAUCUACGACGAGUUCAAGAACAGAUUGGUGGAAUUUGUCAAGAAUAACAUGAAGGUCGGGGAUACGUCUGAUCCGAACACUACCAUCGGACCCGUGCAGAACAAGCUGCAGUUCGACAAGGUCAAGACGUUGUACGAGGACAUCGAAGCUUGUGGUUGGAAGCCUCUGCUCGGUGCCAAAGUCCCUGAGCUUGAUGGGGAGAACAAAGGAUAUUUCAUCUCGCCCGAGAUCAUCGAUAAUCCGGCCGACGACUCGAGGAUCGUCGUGGAAGAACCCUUCGGGCCAAUUCUUCCUCUGUUGAAGUGGUCGAACGACGACGAGGUUCUCGACCGGGUCAACGACACCCUACAAGGGCUGGGGGGAUCCGUCUGGAGUCGAGACUCGGAAAGGGCUACGCGCAUCGCCCAAGCCAUUCAGUCCGGGACCGUCUGGGUCAAUGGACAUGGCAUGAUCGAGGCCGGUGUCCCGUUCGGCGGAAUGAAGGCGUCUGGGAUGGGUCGCGAGUUUGGGCUCGACGGGCUCAAGGCUUGGGUUGAGCUUCAGGCAUUGUGGGUGAUGAAGUAGUGAGGCAGAAUGUCUUUGUAAGGAGAUCUCGUUGAGCUUGCAGCGGAGCCGUUUGUAACCGAAAUAUACGAUGUCAC